AUGACAGGGCGAACCCGAGGAGUCGCAAACUCCGACCUCGGCACGGAUCUACUGGGGCUGCAGCACAGCGCUACCCGCCCUAAAGCCGGCGGCCCCGUCCACAUCCCCGUGCCGAACGCCUUCGACCCCGACAUCGACGACUCCGCGCCUUCCCGCAGACCGGGUGACAUGACCGUGGAUUAUGACGGCGGCCACGCGGCAACCAAGCGGCCACCCGAGGCCACCGAGGUGCCCUCGCCUACCCGGCCACGAGGGGAGCCCAGGGGAGUGACGCUCGACGACAUCCGGGACCUCCUCAAUCUCCAGACUCAGCAGCUUCAGGACAGCCACCAGCAAGACUUGCUGGACUUGAAGACAGCCACAUUCAAAGAAAUCGGGACCCUCAAGAAGGACGUACGCAAGCAAGGCGACCAUAUCGAACAACUCCGGGACCAGCAAGAACGAAUGGAAUCGCGCCUCAGAGCCUUGGAAGAUAAAGAUCACGCGGUGCCUUCUACUGCAGCAUCGGAUCCAGGACGCCCCAACCUCCUCAUCUUGGCUGGGUGGCCGCAGGACACGCCCAAAGCCGAUUUGCUGUCUGAGCUCACCAAUUGCCUCCAGCAGCUGGGCCUCGGCGACUCGUUCGAGGAGAUCUUCUGUACGGGACCCCGCCGUGGCUUUGCCAUGGCGUUCCUCAAGAUGGACCCCAAUGAGACGGGAGGCGACAGCAUGGAGCCGGGCAAGACAUUGCGAGCCACCUUGGGCAAAAGCCGCGAGGAAAGGCUGGUGAGCAACCACACCGCUAAGACAAAACGCCUGAUCCUAACGAUCAAUGCAGCACUCAAGCCAUUCUUGGAGACGGAAUACUCGGCCGGCAAUGUGUGGUGCAAGGACGAGCACCACGUAGCUGGAUCGACCUUCCAACACUCAGCACGCUAUUGCGUACUCCCACCGAUGAGCUGGACCGCCAAUGGCGGGAGAACACCUCCCCGAGCACCGGACGAAGCCUCUGGUCAAAGACCGACGCUGAUCCCGAAGACAUUUUCGGAGCCUGGCACGGCUGCUAGCUCUACAACGGCCGAGCAGGGAGCCGCACAGCAAUUCCAAACUUGCAACCAUGGCACCGAGACGGCUGCCUCCACCCUCAGCACUGAUCCGACCCCGGACACACGGGGACAGUACGAGCCCAUUCAUUUCUCCAGCUGGAACAUAGGGGGCACCAGCGUCGAAGACGCGAUUAAGUCUACCCGACUGGCGGCAGACAGGAAAUGCCCCGAAGGCCGAUUGGAUGGCACAGCGAGAUUGUGGGGGGACCUUACCGUGGUUCAGUACCGCCACGACGACACGCAGUGGCGGGGCAACGCUGUGGCCUUCUCCCCAGCGUUCCAGAUACUAAGGCGCAGAGGGGGCAAAUUCGGAAUCUGGUUAAGACUUCGCCACCUCCCUACGGCAAACGAGCUAUGGGUGGGAAGCCACAGACUCAGUACCGGAGUCACCAGCGAUGUCACAGCCGACGAAUUGCAGAACAUGUGCUCCUUACUUCCACCUACCCUGCUUCCUGUCAUCCUGAUGGGCGACUGGAACACCCAGCUCAAGUGGAGCCGGGUCUCAGGUAACAGGGCGGACCUUCGACCGACUGAGGCCAGAUCGGAGUACCUUCUGUCACAACUAGGAGCGGGCGGUAUGGUGAUGCAAGCCCCGGCCCAAGACCAGUGGGACGUAAGGCUGGACCCAGUUCGCAUCCAUGUUGAUAGCUACAAGCAAAUCAUCAAGGGCGAUCACGAACGCAUCUCCACACAGGUAGUCAUCAAACAACCCCCACGACUAGACCAUGUCGACCAGAACGUCCUUCAGCAACUGGCCACCGCCUGCACAAAACCAAAACCCAGCGAGCGAUACCGGGACCCGCCGGCAGUGAAAGAGCUCUACCGCAUAGCAAAAACGCUUGGAACCGAAGACGACUGGAAGAAGGCCCACAAAGCCAGGCGCCAGGCGCAAGUGCAAUGGAGAACAGCCAAAACAGAGAAGGCUGCAGCGGGCAACUGGAGGGACUACCGAGACCUCAAAACCAAGGGAGGCACAGAGUGGACUGUGCAUUACGUCCAGGCAGCAGAAGACCAAGGAAAGGACCCCAAGCGCUGGACCAUCAUGCACUUUAAGGCACUCUUUGAGCAACCCGCCCCCAGGAACCCUCCCAAGUGGACUAAGGACGUCGACUCAGGUGAACACUUCAGUAUCGAGGAACUAAAGCAAGCUCUGCAGCGAGGACGAAGGAACAAAGCUGUGGGAGAGGACCUGGUCUCCUAUGAACUGAUCAGCGUCUUGUGCGAGGACGAGGGCACAGAACAUGCAUUCCUGCAAUGGAUGGAACGCCUACGAUGCGGCCAAGAACUUCCCCAGGAGUGGCUUCGAACGGUGGUGACCCUACUGCCGAAAACCGAGCAGCCACGGGGCCCUGGAGACCUGCGGCCUAUCAGCGUGGGCGAAAUACCGCAAGGCAGGGGAAUACGCCAGGGAGCGGUCGAAAGCCCGUUUCUCUUUGCCAUCGCCAUUGAGACAGCGCUUUACGAUGCCAUCAAUCAACCCGCCUGGCCAAAGAUCAUUCCGGCCGCCCCAGACCUCCCGCUGGCUGAACUGCUGUUCAUGGACGACACGCUCAUGGCGGCAGCAUCGCCAACCGACAUGGUCAAGAAGUACGACCUCCUACGGACCGAACUUAACAAGUGGGGACUCACGGUGAACCCGGAAAAGACAGCAUACUACUGCUCACCGUACUCCACGAUGAAGGGACCGAUCCAGCUCGAGGGCAAGACGAUCCAACCGGGUGACAGCCUCACAGUGUUUGGCAUCCCACUCAGUGUACCCUUCAAACCCACUGCUAUCAUGGACACAGCUAUUUCCAAAGCAUCUAAGAAAUUCUUUGCUAACAAACAUGUGUUCUUGGCCGAAGCGCCGAAGCACCACUCAGAAGCAAACUCAAGAUGUUUCGGUCGAUAG